AUGAUGCAUCACCCGAACAUUCAUCAUCAGCCGAUGUCGGGACACCCACAGCACAUGCCGGCGCACCAGCCCAUGCCCGCCCACCAUCAAAUGCCGCACCAAAUGCACCGGGAGAACAGGCACGUAACUCUAACUAGGGUGCCUUUGGGUCCGUCACAGGCGGGCGGUAUGGGCGCCCACGCUCAGCUCGGCGGCAUGGGCGUGCAUCACGCCCACCAUGGGCGACCGCACACCAUCCGCGCCGUACACCAUCCGCCCACGCAACACCAUAAUGUACCAACGCCGACUCGUCUCCGUCGUCCGUACGGCGGCUACACUCCCGGAGUGGUUCCCUUCACACAGCCGCCGCCGAUGCCGCCUCCUACUACGCAACAAAACCACAAUGUUGUAUCGGGAGUCAACACCAAAACGCCAACACCGACAAUCGAAGCCAAAGAGAGUUUAGCGUCCCCCACCGGCACUGAAACUUCCGGCACUGGCACUGGCACUGGCAUUGGCACUGGCACUGACGCGGAUAUUGAUGACAAGGACAAGGCCUCGGUUGACGCGACCGACUCCGAAACACGCUCCACCGCCUCGGCUAACAGUAAAGAGAAGACACCUAUGUGCCUGGUCAAUGAACUGGCCAGGUACAAUAAGAUUAAGCAUCAGUAUCGCCUCACAUCAGAGACGGGACCCGCUCACAAGAAAGUAUUCACAGUAACACUACGGCUCGGUGACACUGAGGAAUACACUGCUGAGGGGUCUUCAAUAAAGCGCGCUCAGCACGCGGCGGCCAGCGCGGCUCUGACGGGAACCCGCUACCCGCCGCCCCCGCCGCGCGCUCCGCCCCCGCACACACACCACGCACACCAUCACAAACACGCCGGUACAGUGAUGCCGACGGUGGAGCUGAACGCCCUCGCCAUGAAGUUGUGUCAGCCGGCUGUAUACACUUCGGUGCCGGCGGUGCCGCGGCCGCGUCGCCUACCGUACAGACUGCCGGCCUUCGUGCCGCCCUACCCGCACCCGCACCCAGCUACACACGCACCCAUAGCACCUAGACUCAUGGAACCCAGUUCAUUAUUAUAUAGGGUGCGUGUAACAGUGGGCGGUCGUUCGUGGGUGGGCGAGGGGGCGACGCCCCAGGGCGCCAGACACGACGCCGCGGCCCGGGCGCUCCACGACCUGAGAACAGUCGCUGAACAUCAGGACAAUGACAGCGGUGACGCCGGAUCAGAUAAUAUGUUGAACUCAGACGUUAAAUCUCCUGUGUCGUUAGUACACGAGCUGGCUCUCAAAAGAGAUCUGUCGGUUCAGUUCACUGUCAAGUCAGAGAGGGGACCGCCGCAUAUGAGGGUGUUCGUGACGCUGUGCACUGUCGGCGAGAUGGAAACCGAGGGGGAGGGGAACGGGAAGAAGAUCUCCAAGAGACGAGCGGCAGAGAGGAUGCUGGAAGAGAUGAGGAGGCGCUGGCCGCCCGCGCUGCUGAGGAGCCGCCCGCCCGCCGACAGGAGGAGGCACCCGCCCGCCAAGAAGAAGCCCAGGAACCUUAUUAAGGAGGGCGGUGAGGAGGGAGGUUCAAAGUCAACCAACGGCACUCCAGCGUCCUCUGGCGGGACAGACAACCCUAUAUCCCGUCUGGCGGUUGCGAGGAACGCGGCCCGGGCUCGCUCCCCGCAGUACAAAGUGUUAGAGGAACGAGGAGUGGCGCGGAGGAGGGAGUUUGUGGUGCAGUGUGACGCGCCGCCACACUCCGCCACAGGCCUAGGACCUAAUAAGAAAACAGCCAAGAGACGAGCUGCACACAACGUACUUCUAGCGAUGGAGCUGAGCGCGAGCGGAGAUAUGAAUAACAGUAUACAGGGCAACGCAGCAGACGAGAACAAGGGUGGUGUGGACGGGAAACGGAAGGAGGAUAUGAAUGGCGGCGCUAAUAGUGAGGUGAGGCAACCAGUGCCCGGCGUUAUACUGAUGGACUACCACACGAGGUCGGGACAACCACCGCAACCUAACGGUGUGAGUGAGUCGAGCGCGACUGCCAACGGCGUCCCAGUGUGUCCGGAGUCCGUGUCUGCGGGGGGAAUCCCCGGAACUAACACGCCCGGCGCUAAGGACCAGCUCAUGUACUUGGCGGAACUAUUGGGAUUCACCGUACAGUUCUCAGACUUCCCUAAGCGUAACCACGGCGAGUACCUGUCCCUGGUGUCGCUGUCCACGGAGCCCCCGGUCAUGUGUCACGGGGGCGGAGCCUCCACCGCACACUCACACGAGCAGUGCGCCCGCGCCGCGCUACGGGCGCUGGCGUUGAUGGGGCUAGACGCGCCCACCACCGGGUUGCAGAGCAUGUCUGCCGCCAAGCCAGGUCCCAUCAGUAACGGCAUCGUUGAGUGA